AUGGCGUCCUGGUCAAUCCCCAAAAAACAGCUCUGCUGCCUCUUCAAGGCCGUCGAGCUGAUGUUCGCUCUCGGUACAGUCACAGAUGAGCAGUAUCCAGCGCUGAAUGGUCAAUGGGUUAUCCUCUCUGACAGUGCCCUCGCCCUCUACAGAUUGAAGGCUAAGCACUCCAAAUGUCAAAUGACUCCCCUCGAGAAACGGUGGCUCGGGUUUAUCCGAGCAGCAUGCCUUGCCAACAAGUAG